AUGCGGAGCAACCACUCCCUGGUCCUCAGCGCUGGAGAGACCCUCCAGGUGCCCUACGCAGCGUUGACCAACGCAUCGGGGACCCUACACGUGCCACCUCCCUGCCCGCUCACCUCCUCCUCCUACCAAUUCUCCUUAAUCCCCACACUCUUCUCCGUAGUUUUUGUCCUGGGGUUGGUUGGCAACAGCGUGGUGGUGGCGGUCCUCUGCCGUCAGAGCGGCCCCAAAACGGUUGCAAAUAUCUACAUUUUCAACCUGGCCGUGGCAGACUUGCUGUGCCUUGUCACCCUGCCCUUCUGGGCCGCCUAUUAUGCACACGGAUACAACUGGCUCUUCGGAUCUCUCAUGUGCAAAAUCUCCAGCUCCAUCCUGUGCCUGAACAUGUUUGCGAGUAUAUUUUUCAUCACCUGCAUGAGUUUGGACCGGUACCACGCCAUCGUCCACCCUAUUCGCUCGCAAAGGAGAACCGUGCAGCAGGCGCACGUCGUAGCGCUGGCCGUGUGGAGCCUGGCCUGCUUCUCCUCCCUCCCGACUUUUUAUUUCCGUGACACACACCACGUUAAAAGCUUGGGGGUAAAUGCCUGUAUCAUGGCCUUUCCUCACGAGAAUUACGCAAAAUGGUCCGUGGGAACAGCCUUCCUGAAGAACGCUCUGGGUUUCUUCAUUCCCUUGACGGUGAUCACCACAUGCUACGUCUGGAUCAGGAGGCACUUGCUAAAAGCACGUGAGUUUGGGAAAAACAAGCAGAAAAGAGACAAAGUCUUGAAGCUGGUGGCCGCUGUUGUUGUGGCCUUCUUGUUUUGCUGGCUCCCCUUCCACGUUUUAACGUUUUUGGACGCGCUGGCUCAUAUGAGCAUCAUCAACGACUGUGCCGUGACGGGCGUCAUCGACGCGGCGCUGCCCUUCGGCAUCUGCCUGGCGUUUGCCAACAGCUGCAUCAACCCCUUGCUGUACUGCUUUAUCGGGAACCAGUUCCAGGAGAAGCUCCACCGCCUGUUCAAAAGCCGCGUUUAUCAGUUCAACAGCCAGCGGGAGAGCUCCUCUUUGCGGAAAGGGAGCUGCUUCCGAGAUGCCGAAGCCCUGGAGGGCAGUGGAGAGGGGCUGGGGCCUGUGCUGUAG